CCUGCAUUAUUACUUUUUAUUUCAUCAGUCACAUCAAAAGGGCAAAUAUAAUAUACCUAUCAUCAUAGAACCCAUUAAGCCUGGCGUCAUUGCACAGAACAGCCCCGGGAAGAUGACACUACAGGACCAGUCCGGAAGACUGUGCAGAGAGACUUGAGAGACAGAAAAAUGUACGUGUCCAUCAGGAAACGAAGAUUAAACAGAAACACCGUUGACGAAUGAGCAUUCAUUUAACAAGCCUGACUGCCGAUGAGACCCAACAAGUCAAAACCGGCCCAGAGUUUGGAUGCUUUCGGGAUGCGUGGAUAAACACGCAUCCCGAAAGCUAAUAGACUCAUGGGCCGUUUAUGUAUUGAUAUGUGGUGACGCAACACAGGCCUGCUUGUGUGUGUGUGUAUAUAUAAUAAUUUUAGCAGAGUAAAUAAAACCUGCGCUUCGCUUCGUUAAACCAGUCCUGUUGAUUGCAUUUAACUCCUUUUCUUCUUGCGGCCUGGUGUGAAAUGGUAAGCCAGCCAUUUCCGAGGUCACUUCUGGGUUCAAGGUGCAGAGAAACGCAUGCACUUUGGUCGACCUUAAAUCACCGGCAGAGUCGCCCCCGUGCGGGGCAGGGUUUUUAUUGGGCGACUCGAGCCAGUUGCUCUUCGAUACCCGCGAGCGAUCGGAGGGGUUGGGCAGAGAACGCGCAGCUGGGAGACGUGACGCGGGUUAUCGGAAGGGCACACUCACACACUUCACACACAUUUCACACACACACACGCGCACGCGGCUUACUCGCAGAGUCAUCGGAACAUGGAGCCAUCUCUGCCCGAAUAGUACGACCGCUGCGUGAAGCCACAGUUCGCGUUACAUCGCUCUCAUUAUUGUGGGAAAAGAUAUAUAUUUUUUAAAUUGUGUUUUUCGCGUUGGAGUAGCCGGUGGUAUUGUUGUCGGAGAAGACAGCCCGGUGUUUUGGAAAUUCAAGCACGCAAGACUCGGCAAAGACAGGAGCAACAAUGGCUUCAUACCCUGGUGGCCAUGGGGGCUACGGGACGCCUGGGGGCGGCGGCGGAGGUGCCUCCUAUCCUGAGAAGAGCGCAAAGACAAUUUACGAACAAAGGAAGAAGCUUGGAAGAGGCACGUUGCAAGGAGAGACGUCACAGUACCACGUGGAGCACCUGGUGACAAUCAUCCUGGACCCGGAUGAAGGCCUGGUCACGGUGAAGGAUGCGCUGAAACGCCUCGUCUUUCUCAACACCACGGGCAGGAUCUGGGUCCAGGAGAUGUAUCUGCAGGUGGAGCCCAACAGUAUCAGCUUGCUGGACUGUCACACCAAGGAGCAGUUGGAGAAGUUCGACAUCCUGUGGAUUCAGCAGUGCAAGGUGGAGGCUGGGGACGCCAGCAUUGGCCGCCUGCUGGCGCUCAUCUUGAAAGACCCGCAGGAGGACUUCCCCGAUAUUUACCUCUUCCAGACAGCAGAGGCUAACAUCAUCCAGUCGGACAUCGAAUCCGGAGUUGCAGAUGCACGCAGCACAGUCAAGAAGAUAAGGCCUGAGACGUUACGGCUGAACAAGGAGAAGUUGGAGCGGAUGGGUAUUCGAGAGGACUGCACGGACGAUGGCUCCGCGCAGCUGUCCCAGGGCCGAUCACGGGGCUCGCACUCACGCCCGCCCAUGCCCUUCAUGGACCAAGGAAUGCAACCACCCCCAUCGUCGCAAGACAACGAAUUGAAGUUGAUGAACAGCUUGCUCGACGAGAUCGAGGCAUUUGUCCGAAGGCUGCAAAAAAUCCAGGAGGCACUGAACGAAAUGGGGAAAAGGAAGAAGAAAAAGUCCAAGGGAAAAAAAAAGAGUUCUGGCGAGGGAGUGCUCACGCUACGAGCCAGGCCUCCCACCAAAGAAGAGUUUACAGACCACUUUCAGAAAUUCAAGCUCCUUCUUAACCUUCUGUCGGAUAUGAAGCUUCAACUGAAAAAUCCUCCCGCCAACGACAUGCUCCAUCACCUCAUGAGGCCGCUGCAAAUGAUGGUAUUGAUGUCUGGAGGGCCAGAUGUGGGACGGACAAUCUUGUCACCUCCUCUGUCGAAGAUCACGGUGGAGUUUAUGAAGGCGACCCUCACUUCGCAGGAGAAGGUGCUUUGGAACAACCUGGGAGAUGCCUGGACUAAGCCGGAGUCCGAGUGGCCAAAGGGCUGGAAGUCGAGCCCCUACACGCCCCGACUCAAGGAACCGAUCGGGAACCAGCUCGGCUUCCCAGCGCAGCCAACGCCGGGGCAGCACAUACCUCCAUCGCCCUCCACGGCGCACCCCCCCACGGCGUAUCCGUCGCAAGGGCACCCGCCGCCGGCACACCCGCCGCCGGCACACCCGCCGCCGGCGCAACCCGCGCCCGCGGAGCCGCCAGAGGCGGCGGCAGUGGCGUCGCACGCCGUCGCCCACAAGUCGGGGUCGCUGGAUCGCGGGGAGAGGCUGAACCCAGGCAUUGCAGCUUCUCUGCCACAACCGUACGUCCAACUCCCCCACCACCAAGGCCUUGUCACCUCAGAAGCCAACCUUCAAGUCCAACUUUUUUGUUACUCGUCGCGUUUUUUCUCAAUUUCAUUCCGACCGUCCUACCGGUGUCAUUUCCUGAGACAUGAGCGUCCCGUUCGGAAACCAUCGCAGAGAGCAGUGCAUCACCCCGUGUUGGAGAACGGCCCCAGCAGGACUGUGACAGCGGCCCAGCGGCAGGGCCUUUGCCGAUUGCUGCGGAGGUUCUCAAUCCGAAUCCAUUGCCAGCCCCAAAUAAUAAUGAUGCAAACGUAUCGAUCAUAAACUACGGGCUAUCGGCUUCAAAGUGGACGUAAAAGAUCCCGUGACAUCACUCGUCGCGGUCCAAAUGUGCCAAAUGUGAAAAAAACACCCUUUUAAAAUUACAGUACAGGGACUCCUCUACCUAUGAACAAGUUAGGUUCCAGAGGUCUGUUCGUAAGUCGAUUUGUUCGUA